UUUACUGUCCUGGUACGAAGGAUCGCGUGCGCCCUUGCCACAGAUAAAAUAUUUGCGGAUAUUUUAUAUCGACUUUCAUAAUAUACCAGAAUGACGGGAACAUCUUUCAAGUAUCAAACUUCAAACCAAGCUGUCGUUUAUGUCGGUUCUAUCGCAAUAUCGGUAAACGAUAAUAAAGUGAUUAAUUAAAAUUGAAAUACACGCGAACUCUUGAUUAAAUCUUACAAUUAAAUAAUCAAUGUUCGACUAGUUUGAAAGCAGGUAAAAUUGCUACAUUCGCUCAACCCUGUCGUGCGUCACGUAAUAACGUCGCGCAUACAUGAUGUGGGUACCUGUGUUGACGUCAGACUGAAUUCGACUCAAAACAGUGGUGUGUUUAAGUGAAUUUAUUUUUUGUUUAAAUUCAGUUGAAGAAAACGGCUUAAACAUGUCGAUUAGUUUUAAAACGGAAGAAUAUUAUAAAAGGUUUAUAGAACUGCAGGAAAAGCUGAGAAAGAGUGAGGAGGAACGCUUAAAACUCGAAAUGAAAUUUAACGAAAUGGUUCGAAUUACUAGAGAGGAAGAACAAACACAUUAUCGAAAAUUGAGGGCACAAUACAAACGAUUUCUGGAAGAAGACAGACGGCGGCAAGACAGAAAUGAACGUAUUAUAAGAAGUUUAGAAAGAAUCGAAAGUCGAGUUUCGAUGUUGGUAGCAAAAACAGAGAGAUUUAAAUUGUUGCGAAAACAGUAUCAAACUCUUAUGGAUAGAGUCUAUAGAGAUAAUCAAAUAAAAAAGGAAGAAAGCUUACCCCCACGUACAGUAAAAUUAGACGAGAGGAAACCACGUACUGAUGAUAACAGUGACAUAGUGCAAACGUAUCUUCAAAACCUUUCGUCAAAUAAAUUAAGAGAGAUGUUGAAAAAAGAAGAAGAAGCCAGAGCAAAACUUCCAACGACUACAAUAACUGAUCAUGACGAAAAAUAUAAUUAUUCUGACUUGCACGCGUUCACCGAUGCCGAAUUUAGACCUAAUUACGCAAAUACAAUUGCAGAUGAUAUAAUGAACUCCAUUUAUUUGAGAAACCGGCCAUUACAUGAUAGUAAUAAACUAAAUCAGCCUAGAGAGUUUAAUAAUAAUAUUUCAGUGACACCUGUUGGGCCGCCAGAUGAGUUUCGACCUCAAACCUUAAAGAAAUACGAUGACUUUAUCGGAAUUUCUCCCCAACGUUUUAAAAAAGAUGAAACCAAAAACAUUAUUUCAGGAGCUGAAGAUACUGAAACUGAUGAUUUUUCUGAAUCGGAUGAAAUUCUCUACAAGAAUCCUACUGAAUUUAAUAAAACUAAGCGCCAAAACUUGAAUCAGUUUGAUAAAAACAAAAUCAGUCACGAUAUAACUUUCAAUGACCCAUUUAAAACAGAUGAAAUAGAAAACAUAUCGAAUAAACAACCCUUGAAAAACAUAACUGCUGCCGCUAUAGAAUCUUCAGCUGAAAAACCAAAAGAUGAAUUUGAUACAUCUGCUGAAAUUAAAGAUUCUCCAGGUGACGUUCACGAACAAUUUAUUUCGAACAUUGCUUCUGUGGAUGACAACAUUUGCGAUAAUAUCUCAAAAGAUGUUGAAAUCUCUGAAAACGAAGAUUUUGCUGAAAAAAGUUCUAAACUUCCGGAAAUCUCUUCCGAAGAUGAUAUUUUACAAUCAAAAGAGUCAAUUAUGCAGCCUGUAGUAACAACUAAUGAAAAUAAUAUCACUUCUAAUACCCAGGAAAAAACUGAAACUCCAGACGUAACUGAAGAAUCUAAAAACGACCCUGAUAAACAGAAAAAUAUUGAAGAUAUUGUGCAAGAAAGGUCCCUUCAUAUGGAACCUGAACGUGAACCGUUACAAGAAUUUCCACCAGAGGAAACAUUAGAACAGAAUAUAGAAAUCUCUAAUGAUAAUGAAUUACAAAAACAGGAAUUCUCAGAAUUUGCGAAGAAUGAAAUACCAUCCACAGACGCAAAUGAAGAAGUUCUAGAAAAUAAUUAUCAGCAACAACCUCCACAACAAUAUUUGGAAACUGAGCACCCAGCAGAAACGAAUUAUGAGGAAAGUAGCAAUAAAGAUUUAUCGGAAACAAAGGUCAACGAACCAGUUCAACAGUACGAUGAAACUAGUCAUGCGGAAUCUUAUGAUCAAUAUAAUCAGCCUAUAUAUGACACAAAUAAUCCUGAUUUUCAGCAAUUCGAUCAAAACGGUCAGCCAGUUCAGCUUUAUGACGAACAAAAUCAGUUUGUCCAAAAUUACGAUGAGUCCGGUCAGCCGAUUGGUCAGUUUGACGAAAACUCUCAACCUCUUCAACAGUAUGAUGAACAUGGACAACCAAUUCAGUCAUAUGAUGAACAAGGACAGUUGAUACAACAGUAUGAUGAACAUGGUCAGUUCCUUCAACACUACGACGAGAACGCCCAAUAUGAUGAACACGGUCAGUUAGUGCCGCAGUAUGACGAACAAGGACAAUUAAUUCAACAGUAUGACGACAGUGGGCAAGCAGCACAACAUUAUGAUGAACAGUACGUCGAAGGUCAGUCACAGUACGACGAACACGGUCAGCUAAUUCAGAAUUAUGACUAUUCGCAAGCUCAACCUCAGUAUGAUGAAAAUGGUCAAUUAAUACAACAGAAUUUUGAUGAACAACAAUAUUAUCCUCAACAGUAUGAAGAAAAUGUGGAACCAGCUGAUGGUCAACAUAGUGAUAAUCCGUCAGUUCCACAAGACGUCGAAAGUGGUAGUGGUGUUAAUGUUUCGAAAGAACAGGAAGAGAUCAAGGAAGAGGAACAAGAGGUUAAGAAAACUAGCAAUGUGAUGGAAAUGCUGGACACCGAUACUGAAAGUGUCAAACAAGAUACAAAAAUUUCUCAUGAUAGUGAUUUCGAUUUUAGUAAUGGAUAAAAUGUAACACUCAAAUUCUAAAACAGAUCUGCUAGAAUUAAAGAUAACUAUAGCUAUAUUUUUAACUGCAUCUAGUCAGUUAUUGAUUGCGUAAAUUGUAAUAUGUAAUUAUUGCACUGGGACAAAAUAUGUAUUUCUCAGUAUUGUAAUUUUAAAAACAUGUUGAUUAAAUCUUUUGUGAAA